AUGGGCGGCCAAAAACACAUCGUCUUCGACAUCGUAGGCACCUGCGUAUCUUUCGACGAAUACCACGCGCAAAUCGAGCAAGCCAUCGGUCCCAAACUCCGCGCUCACAACAUCACCGCCAAAUUCUUUGGCUACAGCUGGAUGACCGCUUCAGAGCUAGAAUUCACAUUCCUCUCCAUAUCCGAACGAUACAAGUCAUACAACGGCAUUCUGGAAGCUACCUUCUACCGCACGUUAUGGUUUGCGGGGGUUAAGGAUCCGCGGGCUUUAUGUACAGAUGAGGAAAUGAAGGCGUGCGUGAGGGGUUACUCUGAGUUACGGUUGAGAGCAGGAGCGAAGGAGUGUUUUGAGAUAUUGAAGAAGGGAGGAUUUAAAGUGUGGUUAUUGACCACGGCUGAUUUGAAGCGUGUUCAAGGGUAUUUUUCCAGAGGGGGUGUGGAGAUGCCUGCGGAAAACUUCAUAUCGUGUGAUAGUUUUGGGGUGGCUAAGCCGGCGUUGGCGGCGUAUAGAAAUGCGUUGGAGAAAUUUGCUCCCGGUGAUGAGGCAUGGUUUGCGGCUGCGCAUAUGUGGGAUGUGUCGGCUGCGAAGAAGGUUGGGUUUAAGGGUGCUUAUUGUACGGAGUAUGAGAAGGAGUCGUGUAUUGAGAUUUAUGAUACAGAGAUGGAUGUUAUGGCUGAUAGUUUGCCAGAGAUGGCGGAGAAGGUUGUAAAGGCUACUUCCUCAUGA